GCACAGUCGGAGAGAGUACCACAGUGAACGAGUGCAUUAUUAGAUCAGAUCUGUAUAAGAAGCAUCUAUGUUCAGACUUCGGAAGGUGUUCUUUAUUUUUUUGCUCCUGACCUCUGCAACAGGACGUGUUGAAUCAGCAAUUCACGACCUGUGCAUGUCCAGAGCUAAUGGACGUCUGUUGUCGAGUCAUUCACUACAUCAUUCGUCAGUAAGGGGUUUGACAGAUUGUGUACAACUCUGUUUUCGUCACUCUGAAGAAUGUUCCUCUAUAGCUUACGAUGAAGACAGUCAAAUGUGUGACCUAUUCUUCAGUAUAGCUGGACAACUAGUCGCACUGAUGUUCCCAACGAAUGUACUGCUGUACACAAUACCGUAUCGCGACUGUACUGACGUCAAGCAACGAAUGAGUAGUCAAAGUGGUGUUUACAAAAUUAAACCAUGCUCAUCAUGUGACGCGUUUCUCACUUAUUGUGACAUGGACACUGAUGGUAAAGCGUGGACGGUAGGUUUCAAAUACAGUUCACCCCUCCAAUACCAGAGACCCUAUUUCCAAGAUCCCUCUCUGUUAGAGACAAUGUUUUUAAGUUUAUAUUCUAUAGUACCGUACAUCACACAUUAA